ACUCUAAACUAGAGUUCUGCAUUCAAUCAGUUAGCUCUUGCUUAAAAAAGACAGUGAGCUUUUGGAGGAGGCUCAGAGAACAAUAACUAAGCUGAUCCAUAGAACAGAGAAGCUCCCGUGUGAUGCUCGACUGGUUAAACUAAACAAUUCCCAUUGUCACAUUGAAGAACCAGAAGUGACUUAAUUACAGUUUUCAAACAACUUAGUGAUAAGUUUGCUUCUGAUACGCCCUCAAUUUUCUUGUCUUCCGAAACAGAGAAUUUACGAGGACACUCCAAAAAGUUCACAACCACAGAACAAAAUUUCAGCUGACUGUCGACUUUCCUAUCGAUUCAUUAACGGGCGUAAUUAAUCACCUCAACAUGUGAUUGAAGUUCCAUCUGUCGACUCUUUCAAAAGAAAGUUGGAUCAACUGAGAGACCAUAAUUGCCUAGGCUAACACAAGCCAUUCAGUCUGCUAUCCUUUAAAACUGAAACUAGAAGGUUUAAAAAUGAGGUUGACCUUGAGCUUGUGGAGACUAUUUCCCAGUCGGGUUUAUUUAGUGCCAAUUUGAUUUCAUAUAUAUACCAAUGCAAAUAAAUGGAUACUUCAAUCUUACUAUUUUGGGGGAACUUUGGGGAAUUUUAGCUAAAUCUUGAGGCUUUAGCCCCAAGGAAAUUUUACUUAAAGUCGUGAAAAGUUUAGUAGUUUUCCCAAAUGUUUCCCCAAAAUUCGGGGAAAAAAUCAGCGUUAUAAGAUUCUGGUGAAAUAUUGGAGUAAACCCGAGAUUUCUACAAACAUUUCGGAGAUUUCUCCAAAACAUUGGGAUAUUUUCCCAGAUCUAGGGAGAUUUUGGGUUUUUGGUGCUAUUUACCCCAACUUUUCUAUCGCGGCUUCCCUAAGACAGGUCAGAUUUUCCCCAAAAUUGGGAGAUUGGGCCAACAAUAAAUUCUUGCUUAAAAUAUUACAGGCAUACAUCUGUUUCAGUUUUCACUAGUAUGUAUGGGUUACAAAUAUUUUAUACUGGUUUGGAUAGUCACAAGUGCCAUCUAGAAGUGCUUCUUUGAGGCCUAAAAUGGUCUUAAUGUUUGUCGACUGACGGAGAUAUUUCGAACCUAUCAUAGUUUUAUGUAUAUUUUUCGGUCUAUAUAGAAGUUCUAAGUUCAAGACACCUAUUGGGCUCUUAUUUUAUUUUAAAAAUGUCGUAUGAACUCUUCCUUAUACUUCAGCACGGCAACAUUCUGAUUGUUUGCGAGCUAACAAAGAUUAGGCGCUAAAUUGACUGAUGAGGAACUAAUCUCAUGAAUUAAAGCCUUUUAUGUCAAACAGAAAGUUAGAGUCACAACUUCACUGUCUUCAGGGGUAUCGUAAAUAACACACUAUAUACUCCUUUAAUUUAUUAAAAACCACAUCUAUUUCUUUUUUGGGUUCAAUGUUUUAUAAUCAUGCUAAACAAACUUGAAGUCGCGAGUUAGAUUCCAUCACUAACGGACUGUUCCUAUAGAUUUUUAUAGUUUUAAAUACUCUCAAAACUUGGAGACAGGUGAUAGAGUUCUGUGAUAAAAACUGCCAUCUUUUUGUCUUUACAGAAUAUUUGAUGUUGGAAAGUUGAUUUGUGUAUUUGAAGCAUGGACUUUAAUUGUACGUGGUGUUAGAAACUCAUCAUUGCUUUUUAUUCAACGGGUUUAUGUGGCCUUGUGGCGAAUAUCAUACCUGUUAGAAUUUAUAAAACAAUAGUACACGGAGACUAGUGACUGAUGUCGUUUUACCAGUUUGUAUGUAACAAGUUACGGCUACCGGAUGGAGUUGAUAUCAAACUCUUUCAUUGCAUUUGCCACAACCUCAAUCUUUUGGAAUACAUGGGAAUAUCAGAACUUUGUCUAGUACUACUAAUGUGAUUACAAAUGCUAAUUUGGAUGCUCCCGCUGGAUCAAAGCACUUUUUAGGCCUAGGGUUUCAUAAAGAACUCCCAAAGGCUUGUUAUGGCGGCCGCCAUACUGUUGCAAUGCUUCUCGGGGAUGGUGUAGGACCCGAACUUCUAUCAUACGUCAAAGAAGUUUUCCAAGUUAUUGGAGCUCCAAUAGAUUUUGAGGAAGUUGCCGUAAAUCAAGAAUCUGAAGAUGUUACAUUUACUGAUGCUCUACUUGCUAUGAAACGCAAUGGUGUUGGAAUCAAAGGAAAUUUUGCCACAGAACCAGGUCAAUCGUCAAGAAAUGUAGCUCUCCGUUUAAACUUGAAUUUAUAUGCCUUUGUCCAACGAUGUCGAAACUUUCCAGGUGUGGUUACACGUCAUCAAAAUGUCGAUAUCGUUAUAAUACGUGAGAAUACAGAGGGUGAAUAUAGUCGGUUGGAGCACGAAAAUGUUCCUGGAGUGGUAGAAUCUUUGAAGAUUAUAACUAGAGAAAAAUCCACUAGAAUUGCCCAAUUUGCAUUUGAUUAUGCCGUUCGACAUAACCGAAAAAAAGUCACAGCAGUACACAAAGCCAAUAUCAUGAAAUUGGGCGAUGGUCUAUUUUUAGAAGUAUGCUCUUCAAUGGCCAAAAAUUAUCCACAGAUUGAAUUCAAUCAUAUGAUUAUUGAUAAUACAUGUAUGCAGUUAGUUAGUAAACCGCAACAAUUCGAUGUGAUUGUUUUACCAAAUUUAUACGGAAAUAUAGUCGGUAAUGUGGCAGCUGGUUUAGUCGGUGGAGCUGGUCUAACAACAGGUAUAAAUUUAGGCCCACAAAAUGCCUUGUUUGAAAUGGGCACACGGAAUUCUGGACGUUCCUUAGCUGGGAAAAAUAUUGCUAAUCCAUGUGGUAUGUUAUUGACAUCAGCAGAUAUGUUAGAAUAUUUAGGUCAUAUCAAAGAAGCUAAACUUAUUCGUGAUUCAGUUGUGAAUGUUGUUGGAGAACAAAAAAUACGUACAGCUGAUUUGGGUGGUAGUUAUAAAACUAGUAAAGUGAUUGAAGCAGUCUUGAAAAGUUUAAGAAGUCAACUUGCAUCGUGGUGAUAGUGAAAGGAAUGACGAAAUUGGGAACUAUUGUGUUUGCACUUAGCAUAUAUAUUUAAAGUAUCCGUAUAGCUUUCAGCACUAUUCGUUGUAAUUUGGUCUUGGCUUCUGCCCUAUCUUCAGGUUAACACAUUUAGUGAAACAACAGAUUCAUACCCACGUUAUCGUAUACGUUUGCUAUGAAAUAUGUAAAAUAUGCUUUAAAUAUAUAUUUCAAGAAUAGUAGAGUGCACCUCUCUUCUAGUCGAUGAAUGUUGUAAGCUGAUAACUGAUUAUAAACCACGUUGCCUACCACUUAUACAAGUAAAAAACCCACAUUCUCCACUUCUCUCAAAUCGACUCAGUUUGUGAAUUGGCGGGAUAUAUACAACCAACCACCUUGAUGCUGCCUUCAUAACAGCGCUUUUUUUAGCUACUACUGUAAAUUACUUAGGAUUGUGAUUGGUCAUCUUUCUAAGAGAAGUAAUCACCACAAACCACUUAACAGAGCAAUAAUCGUCAGUAUAGGGGUUGUGGAGAUUAUUAAGUUUUUGAUUGAGAUCAUGAACCGAUUGAUGUUAGACCACCGUUGGAAACCUGGAAGCACUGGACGGCCGUUUCGUCCAAAUGUGGAGCUAAUCCGUGUCGGGUAGAGACAGGUAUCUACCUCAGUAAAAUGGAAGAUGGUCACGCAAUUUCGUGGAUUGGUUGAUGUUAGACACUAACACCAUUGGAUGCCGGCUCAGUGGUCCAGUAGGUUAAACGUUCGCGCGCGAGACUGGGGGCCUUGGGUUCGAAUUCCACGAACGGGGUCGUGGGUGCGCAUCGCCUAGAAAUCUCACAAUAGAACGAGACGGCCGUCCGAUGCUUCCAGGUUUUAUUGUGGCCUAACAUCAAUCGGUUCAUGAUCUCAGUCAAAAAGAGCAAGAAUCACAUUUUUCUCAUCAAUGAUAAUAAUAAAUACACGGGUAGAAAUUCUAUAAAUACUAGAAGUAGAGUUGAUUGAAAAAAAUAAAAGUUAACUUUAAAGUCGGUGUUAAAAAAUUCACAUCCAGAGUAAACCACUAAGAAACAAAUGUGAACUACGUCAUCAUAUUUAGGUAGCUAAAUGUGACAUGUGAAUUUCUAAUGUAUUAUACAGAUCAAAGAGUUGGUGGGAAAAAGUCCAAUUUAUUGUUUAAUUUAAAACAACAGGGUUCUUUUAGUAAAAAGUGAAAACCGUACAUUAAAUACUUUAUUUGUAAAUCUUCCAUCACUUGUCCUUUACAUCCUGUAUGACUUUUCCGAUUCUUUAUUUCAAUCUUCUCAACGUUCCUUUGACAAGCAUUCCACUCCAAAUUGAUGUUACAUACUACUUAUUUCGUUCGACAUAAGUAGCAUACACCACAAUGUGCUCAGAUUCGUACAUCAUACACCUGUUUUUUCAGCGAUAGUAAAUACAACAUACUCAUCGGUGGAGUUUUUUUUAAUUUGGACUAAACAACCCUGUUCAAACUAAUAUUAUUCG